AUGCUCUCAACUGGUGUGAACGAAAACUCUACGCCGGCACCAGCGCUUUUCCCCUCUGGACGCCCGCCGGACCCGGAGACGUCUCAAACGUUGCCUGGGGAUAAUCUCUCGCCCUCCAAAAGUACUUCGACGACAGCCCCGAUGGAGAUGCUGGUCGAUUCCACCGGCACUCUCAACCUGCAGACGAUUUCACAAUCCGGGACAGACCCCUCCAACGUCACCUCUACAGGUGAACAGCCUAGCCGGAUGGCGACAAAUGAUGCUCAGCUUCCUGUUACGACCCAGAUGGCUCCACCCGCUGCUAACGCCUCGACGACACACGCCCAGAUCUUUUCCUAUGCCAAGGCGGUAACUGGUGGGACAUCGCUGAAUUCGGCUCAUCCUUCGAACACCCAAUGGACACCGGUAGGGGAGCACGACCUAAUUCCUGGAGAACGAAAUGGUGAGCCAGCACUCAGAGUCUCGACUGAUUUCAAAAAUAGGCUGUGCGCUCCCUGGCACCGUACUCUUGUGGUCAGGCUUUUAGGAAUCAAGGUUGGUUUCAAUACCAUCUGCUCUCGGCUACGUGCUCAAUGGCGACCUACCGGAACAAUGGAGGUCCGAGAUUUGGAUGAGGAUUGCUAUCUGGUUAAGCUGAACAAUGAUCAGGACUACUUCAAAGCCCUUACCGAUGGACCUUGGGUGAUUUUUGAUCACUACCUUGUUGUGCAACAAUGGACUCCAAAAUUCAAGUUGUCGGACCCACUCCCAAAGACGAUGAUUGUGUGGGUCCAGUUGCCGGCCCUGAAAAUCCAUUUCUAUCAUAAAGAAGUGCUUACGUCGUUGGGCAACUUGAUCGGAAGGACGAUCAAGCUCGACUAUCAUACGCUUACUCAACAGCGAGCAAAGUUUGCCAGGCUCGCGGUGGAGGUUGAUCUUUCCAAGCCUCUGGUUCCAAGGAUUUGGCUGGAUGAUGAUUGGCAAAAGGUUGAAUAUGAGAAUCUUCCCACCGUGUGUUUCGAGUGUGGCAAGAUCGGCCACCAGUCUACCGACUGCCCUCUGCUCCGGCCAAGCUCUUUGAUGGCGAUCGUGACCGCCGGCGGCGGAGAUACCCAACUGGCUCCGACGGAGGAGACGUCGGAGACUAAACAGGGAUUCGGCCCCUGGAUGCUAGUCUCACGCAAAUCCCGGCGGAAUUCAAGGGAGAAUCAAGGAAAAGGAAAAUCGGAGAAGGAAUCAGGGAACCACGGUCAAGGAAAAUCAAAUAGAAAUGGAAAGGGAGUGAGCAAGUUGAAGGAAACUAAUGAUCGCUUACCCAUUUUGUCUCAACAGACUCCUCCUCUGACGCAACGGUCGCCAGGCCAUGAAAGGAAAGAGCACGGCGCCAAGCUUGGGGGUGGGGAAAAGAGAAAUGGAAAGGCGAUAAUGAGAGAGGAGACGACCUCAUCAGAAAAGGCCCUACUUGGGUCGGGCCCAACUCGGAACAGCUCUGUGAAACAAGGGCCAAAGCCCAUGCUUGCUGCUGAUAAUGCUUCAACGUCCAAAACUCUUGCUAGGGAGACGAGGGUUUCAACACAUGGCCAGCCCGAUCAAGCUCAUUUGAAUGGGCCCAAGCCUAUUCUCCAUGCCCAGCAUCGACCUUCUCACCUCCACCAAUUUCCUACUUUGUGGGCCCAAACGGGACCAAUUUGCAGGUGGUGGAAGUUACUCCCCCCGCUACCUCGUCGCACAGGAAGAACGAGUCUCACCCUCCCUCGACGAUGGCUAGAACGAAAGGAAGCAAAACCAAUUCGGGCCGCUCGAAGAAGGGAUCUCCGACCAAGCUGA